GGUGUAACUGCAAGCCUCUUGUCACUACUAUGCCUUCACUUCUCCAUAAAGGGACCAAUCCAAGGCAGAAUGAACCACCCCAAUUGAACACCGCCAAUCUCAAAUUCUCUUCAUUUAAUUCCACUUGGCAAUACGCACAAUCCAUCGACAUGGAUUUUCACCAAAAGUUCAUGAUCCUUCUCUUUUUGCCUCUUUUGCUAUCUCAAACCAUCUCUAGCUAUUCCUCUAGAGAUGUGAAAUCAUGGUGUAGCAAAAUGCCUUACCCACAACCCUGUGAGUACUUCUUGACCCACAACCCUAAGGAAACCCCUCUCAAGCGAAAGUCCCAUUUUCUCAAGGCCUCCAUGCAAGUCGCCCACGAGAGAGGGCAGCUCGCCCGAACCCACAUGUACUCGCUAGGCUCCAGGUGCCGCAAUGAACGCGAGAAGGCUGCGUGGGCUGAUUGCCUUCAGCUUUAUGAGUACACGGUCCACCACUUGAACCGGACCAUUGAUCACUCGUGCACUCAGGACGACGUGCAGACUUGGCUUAGCACAGCCCUGACCAACCUCGAGACCUGUCGGGCUGGGUUCAUUGAGCUCGGCAUCUCAGACAACGUGUUGCCCUUGAUGUCGAAUAAUGUUUCCAAGUUGAUAAGCAACACUUUGGCCGCAAACUAUGUGCCCUACGCUACCCCAAACUACACCAAUGAGUUCCCUACUUGGGUGAGGCCUGGCGACCGGAAGCUCUUGCAAUCUCUGCCCACGCUAUCUACGGCCAAUAUCGUGGUGGCCCAAGACGAUUCGGGGAACUACAAGACGAUUAGCAAAGCUGUAACUGCGGCUUCAAUGCGGUCGGAUACAACAAGGUAUAUAAUUUAUAUCAAAGCCGGUACGUAUGAAGAGAAUGUUGAAGUUGGAUCAAAAUUGGAGAACAUUGCGUUUGUUGGCGAUGGUAUUGGAAAGACCAUAAUUACCGGAUGCAGAAGUUUUGAUGGAGGAUUUACGACCUUCAAUUCAGCAACUAUUGCUGUUGAUGGUGACGGAUUCAUUGCUCAAGAUAUCACUUUCCGUAACACCGCCGGCGCAGAAAAUCACCAAGCAGUUGCUCUACGUUCCAGUUCUGACCUCUCAGUCUUCUAUCGAUGUGGAUUUGAGGGUUAUCAAGACACCCUGUUUGUUCAUUCUAAGCGACAGUUCUAUAAAGAGUGCGAUAUUUAUGGCACCACUGACUUCAUCUUUGGAAAUGCUGCCGUCGUUUUUCAGAAUUGUAACAUCUAUGCCAGAAACCCUCCUAAUAAGGUCAAUACCAUCACUGCACAGGGUCGGAGUGACCCAAAUCAGAACACUGGCAUCUCCAUCCACAACUGCAAAGUCACUGCUGAUUCAGACUUGAUAUUGGUUCAAAGUUCCGUGAAGACGUACCUCGGGAGGCCAUGGCAAAAAUAUUCAAGAACUGUUUUCAUGAUGACUUACCUUGAUAACCUAAUUGACUUGGCCGGGUGGUUGGAGUGGGACGGUGACUUUGCCUUGAACACUCUGUACUAUGGGGAGUAUAUGAACACGGGCCCCGGGUCAUCGAUUGCAAAUAGAGUCACAUGGGCAGGUUACCAUGUCAUCACAAGCACAACGGAGGCUUCAAAGUUCGCCGUCGGGAACUUGAUCCCCGGCGGCACUUGGUUGCUCGCCACUGGCAUGCCUUACACCUCUGCGGGUUACGACGUGCCUUACACCUUCGAGGGUUAUGACGUGCUUUACAACUCGGGGGGUUACAAACUAUUCAUCGAUUUUAUUGGGGGUUACAAUGGUUAUACUCUAGUCCAAUUCUCUUUUUUUUUAUAUUUAUUUUUCUGUUUUUUUGAAAUCUAG